UCUUUUAACCAUCUAUAGUAGUAGCUCACGACUUGCACCCCUAAUAUAACCUACGAGGAGGGAAAAGCAACGAUCCAAAAUUAUAUAUUUCAAAACAAAUUCCUCCCUCUUUGGUUGGGUGUUAUCGAGGAUCACGUUCGUGAUGAAGCAGCAGACGUUAAUACCAGAUUCUGGUUUCACGGACCAUCAAAGCCCUAAUUCAAACCCUAAAGACGGUUUAAAUGGCGGAAAGGUGACGGAUUUAGGAAAUGGGAGCGACGUUGUAUACUUGCCCCGGUUUCUGACGCCGGAAAAGUCAUGGGAGUAUCUCCACUAUCUCAACAAACACAUCCCAUGGACAAGACCUACCAUUCGCGUCUUCGGUAAGCCUUGUGUCCAGCCUAGAGAUGUAUGCUACAUUGCAAGUGAAGGCUUGAAGGAACUAAGUUACAGUGGAUAUAAACCAGAUGCACAUUCUUGGGAUGAUUUUCCACCAUUGAAGGAGAUUCUGGAUGAGGUACACAAAGCCUUUCCUGGGAGUCAUUUUAACAGCUUACUUUUAAACAGAUACAACAGUGGAAAUGACUAUGUUGGGUGGCAUGCUGAUGAUGAGAAGCUUUAUGGAGACAAUCCAGAAAUCGCCUCAAUCUCCUUUGGAUGUGAACGAGACUUUUUGUUGAAAAAGAGAAGUUAUAAGAAAUCUCAAGGUGAAGUUGAGGGUGAGCCUCCAAGCAAGCGAUUGAAGAAGAAUAAUGGUGUAGAGCAAUAUAGUUUUAACUUGAAGCAUGGUUCGUUGUUACUGAUGAGGGGUAACACACAACGAGAUUGGCUUCAUUCAGUGCCUAAACGGUUAAAAGCGGGGUCCACACGAGUUAAUCUCACAUUCAGGUGUUGCUCACUCUUCUUGAGGUUGAGAGGUCGAGUCUUGUCGGAGACAUAUGUGGAUUUAGGAGUAAUGUAAGAUUAGAUUAGUUUGCGGUUAAUUUUUUUUAAUAUCAUAAUCUUUUUUUUACCAAUCACUUAUUAUUUGUUAAAUACUUAUUUAUCUAUUGUAUUAUAGUUUCUUACUCUAUCGUCUUAAUAAUGUUUUUAUUUUAUCACCUUAAGGAUAUUGUAUAUUCAUAGUUCUA